AUGGCACAAUUGCUGGCACUGUCGCGGGCACGUCAGACGUGGCGAGCUCGACGGUCGCUGCUCAUCUCCUCUAGCGCGUUCGCUUCAUCUCCUUCUCUUGCACCACCUCUAGCUUCCGUCUCCCCGACAAAAGCUCGUCACCAUCCCCAUUCCUUUGAGUCCCUUGCGCACACUUUUAGAGCUGUGGAGCAUGUCAAACAGUCGCGGGUCACCAGCACGCGGGUACUGGCUCAAGGUUAUCGUCAACUACUGGCUCUGUCGACGUCACAGGAGCCCCUUGCAAGCGCUUUGUACCUCACUGCGUCGCAACUGGCGCCGCCCUACGAAGGCGUGGAGCUUCAGUUUGGCACCAAGAGUUUUGUGAAGAUUUUGAAACAGUUUGAGGUGCACCAGGAAGAAAACGUGGACUCGACGCAGACGCUGGAGCAAGUGCUAGCGUCGUUUUCGGACUAUGGACUGGCCAUGCAAUCGCUACUGGACACUGGGCGUGUGGCUUUGCCUACAAUUGAAGAGACAGAAAAGGUGCUCUGUAUCCAAACAGUGCAUGCAGGGUUAAUGGCGAUCGCACAGGACGAAGGAGCUGGCAGCAGUGCUAGAAAGCAGCAACGUGCACUAAAGUUGCUUCAGCAGUGCAGGUGCUCCGAGGCACGUGUUUGUCUCGCUCGAAUGCUCGCGCAUCAAAAUUUGCGCAUGGGGAUGGGCGAAAAGUCGAUCCUCUCGGCUCUUGCAAUGGCCAGCACACCGCUAAUUAAGGACAAUGCUCAUGAGCAAGUCGGCGGCGCGCGUCCAGCACAAGAAAAGGAGUGGGUGGACUGCGUGACACAAGCAUAUGCACAGCACCCGAACUACAGCGUACUGGCUCAGUUAAUACAUCAGAGCCAGCACGAAAAUGACCUUCAGAAGAAGAUAAAAUGGAUGCGCAACAAAACCCUUCCUGCGACGGGUGUUCCGGUGCUGACCAUGUCUGCGUACCCAAUGUCGAGUGUCGAGGCAGUCCUGGAUCGCAUUGCUAAGUCAGCAGGUCGCACAGCCACUUGCGAAUACAAAUACGAUGGUGCACGUGUUCAAGUGCACCUAUCGCUAGGUGCCGGCAGCCGUAAUUGCUCUGUCCGGCGUAUUUUCAGCCGCAACAUGGAAGACAUUACAGCUCGAUUCUCCACUCUUCUGGACGCGCUAGAAUUGCGUGUGAAAGCUCGCGAUGCAGGAGCGGAAGGGUCAUCUUCCGCGGAAUCACUGAUUGUGGAGGGAGAGGUCGUUGCGCUGGAUCGAAUCACUGGGACUUUUCAUCCGUUUCAAGUACUGCAGACAAAAACCACGACCGAAUUCUGUUUGUUUUUGUUUGAUCUUCUUGCUGUCGAUGGCAAGAGUCUUCUACAGAAAUCUCUGCGCAGUCGACGAGCGUUGUUGCACGAUCUUCUUGGCGAAAAAGCUGGUUAUGUCGAGUUCGUGAAGUGCGUCGACAUUAGCUUAGCAUCUGCUGACGAAACCAGGAAUCAAGCCGCUCUUGUGCGAAAGUAUCUUGCAAAGGCAGUGGCUACUGGCUGUGAGGGAUUAAUGAUAAAGUUGCUGGACGGUGAAGAGUCAGAGUAUAAAGCCGGGCGAAGGUCGCACUCCUGGAUGAAACUUAAGCAUGACUAUGUCUUGGACGAAUCCACUCAUUGCAGUGGAAAACCCACUGUUGCGAACUCCCGUGACAACGGCACAUUCCUAGCCGAUACGCUAGAUUUGGUGCCUAUUGGCGCAUUCUACGGUAAAGGCAGACGUGCAGGGUUGUUUGGCUCUUUUCUCAUGGCAACGUACAACUCCACAAGCGGCAAAUUUGAGACUAUCGGGAAGGUUGGUACGGGCUUCUCGGACGCUAGUCUGAUGGAAGUAUCAGCACGCUUUCGGAAAGCGGUUUUGCCCGCAAAAGAGGGCGUGCCAGAGCAAUACCGAUCCUGCGCCAUUCGGAGCUGUCAUCCUGACGUAUGGGUCGUGCCAGAGGAAGUGUGGGAGAUCAAAGCAACUCAACUGACAGAAUCAUCUUCGUACACGUGUGGCACUGACAUGGACACCGACUCUUUCAAUGCUGCUGCUUCUCGAAAAGGACUGGCGCUUCGUUUUCCUCGCUUUGUUCGAUUUCGGCCGGACAAGAAACCUUUGCAAGCAACAGAGAGCGAGCAAGUCAAGGAGCUUUUUCAGCAGCAGCAAUUAUAA